CACCACCAUUUCGUGCUCCACUGGACUGCUAAUUCUCGAUCCAUCCCAAUCCGCUGCCCGUCCCAAUCCGCUGCCCGCCCCAACUGCCCGCCUGCCACCGAAUCGAAGCUGAUCAAUCUCAAUCUCGACGGAUAUUCACAAUCCAAGCCGCAGCCAUGUUCCGCACCGCCCUCCUGCGAUCCUCGGCCGCGAUGGCCGUAGCCACGCGCCCCGUCUCGGCGAGGACAUUAGCUACCGCCGCCGCGCCCGCCCUCCGAAUCCAGUCCUUUGCGCCCAAGAAGCUCGCCGCAUGGCAGGCCGUGCGGUGUUACUCUGCCGCUGGCGGUCUGGACAAGAACACGGUCUACGAGCGCAUCAAGGUGCUGCUGCAGGGCUUCGACAAGGUCCAAGACCCUAACAAAAUCACAGAGAAGUCGCAUUUUGCGAACGACUUGGGGCUGGACAGCCUCGAUACCGUCGAGGUUGUGAUGGCCAUUGAGGAGGAGUUCAGCAUCGAGAUCCCGGAUAAGGAUGCCGACACGAUCCACAGUGUGGACAAGGCUGUAGAGUACAUCGUCAGCCAACCCGACGCCAACUGAGCGGACUGACUGCCACGAUCUCUGCCUGUACCCAGCAAAGGGCACCCAAAACAAGGAAAUAAGAUUCACAAACAGAAGCAGCAGAAAGGUGUUUUCUUUACACAUUGUAGAGCUAGAGCUAAUAAAACCCAACUUAUGUAACAACAUA